AUGCAUUUCGGCGAACUAUUUACAUUUGCUUGCCUUGCUGCACCAGCCCUUGGCUUGAAUACAGCUAAAAUACUUCAGGAGUAUUUUGGCAAUGACGCAUCUUGGUACUCAGAUCGCAUUCCAAUCUUUGAAUCCAGUGCUUCUGAUAUCCAGGAUGUUUACUAUUACCGAUGGAAAAUCUUCCGCGCCCACCAGCGCGACCUUGGCGCUGAUGGCUACAUCUCAACUGAGUUUCUCGAAGACGUGAGUUGGCAGACGCAGCCAUCCGCGCUACUUAUAGAUGCGGCGAAUAUGCACCUUCGUGAAGGACGCUGGUGCCGGGACCGGCGUUUCAAGGAUGAUUACAGAAACUUCCUCUUCGGACCGAAUAAGAACCCUUAUCAAUUUUCCGAGAGUAUGGCCGAUGGUGCUUGGCAAGGAUAUCUUGUUGAUGGCGUCUCUGACACCAUUACUGGGCUUCUUGAUUCCAUGCAAAGUGUCUAUACAGGCUGGAAUACCACAAGCAUGUCAACUGGUGGAUAUGAUGUAUCAAAGAACCUGUACUGGAUCCAGCCCUUGACAGAUGCGACAGAGUAUACGAUUGCAAGCAUUGAUGCCUCGGGAGGCGCUGAUGGAUUCACGGGCGGCAAUGCGUUCCGUCCAAGCAUUAACAGCUAUCAAUAUGCCAAUGCGCUGGCUAUCUCCAAUAUUGCUUCUCUCGCUGGGAACAAAGACAUUGCGCAGCAGUAUAAGGAAAAAGCAGCAGUCAUCAAGGAUACUGUGCAGAACUCACUCUGGAACAGUACAUAUGAACAUUUUAUCGAUCGAUACAAGGUGGACAACGAUGAUGUCAAGUACUGGGACUUUAUCAGAGGCAGGGAAUUAGUUGGUUUCGUGCCCUGGACCCACGACCUCCCGGACGACACCCCUGAUUUUGCCCAAGCAUGGAAGCACCUUAUAGACUCUUCUAAGCUUGCCGGGCCACAUGGUCUUCGCACCAAUGAGCCCAGUUAUGAGUACUACAUGCGGCAAUAUCGCUACGAAGGCGACAAGCGUGAAUGCCAGUGGAACGGUCCUGCCUGGCCAUACCAGACGACCCAGGUCCUUGCAGCUCUCGCCAACCUGCUUGACCACUACCCCAAAGCCGUGGCAGCGAAUGUUAUUAGCAAAGUCGAUUAUACCAAAAUACUCAAGCAGUACGCUCAGCUACACUACAAUCCGAACCGAGGAGGUAUUCUAGAUCUCGAAGAGGACUACGAUGCAGCUACUGGUCUCCCAAUCGUCGGGCUCGCUCGUUCUCCCCAUUAUUUCCACUCUGGGUUUAUUGAUCUCAUUUUAUCUGGACUCGUAGGUGUUCGUCCGAGCGCCGAUGACACUCUCGAGAUCAACCCAGCCGCAGAUGGAAGUUCUAUCUCAUAUUUCCGGGCAGAGAACAUCCUUUACCACGGGCACGAAAUCGCGGUGCAGUGGGACGCGACGGGGGCCAGAUACGGUCAAAAGGGUUUAAUCGUCGAAGUCGACGGUAAAAGGGCAGCAAGCUCGAACAGCCUUUCCCGUUUGACAGUCAAUGUUUCCCGCAAAAGCCCGCCAUCAGUCAACCGUCCGAUUGCCUUAUCUGUCCAGCAAGGCUCAAGCACAAAUUAUCCACGAGGCACGGUUUCCGUGACGAACGAUACAGACACGGCUGGAAUUCACGGUGCUAUAGACGGGCGCGUUUAUUUCUUCCCUGAGACUGAUAUCGCAAAUGGGUGGAACACCCCGACGGGUAACGGGAGCGAGGUUUGGUAUCAGAUUGACUUUGAGAGUUCAACCAAGUUGCAGAGUGCGGAAAUUGCGUUCUUUGCGAACGACACGCAAAAAUUUGACGCCCCGAGUAAUUAUCGCGUCCAGACUAGCCAGUCUGGGAAAUGGGCAAAUGUUUCGAAUGGCAAAUUCGGCAAAGUUAUUGCGAACGGUAUCAUCAAGGCUUCUUGGGAUGCUGUUAGCUCUCAGAGUAUUAGGCUAUACUUCACGCCCAAGAAGGGGCUGCAAGCGAGGUUGAUUGAGUUGAAGGUAUUUGGGGCUUGA